AUGCGGAAAGAUGCGGUCGUUGGCACCGUGAAAAAGCGGUCAAAGCGAGAAGCUGGAAAGUGGAGCAAAGUGACACUCAACCCCCGAUUCGCUUACAUUUCCUUCUCACUUUUGCUGCAUCAUCUUUAUCGAUUGAAAAGGAAAAGAGGUGCUGUAAAACCUUCCCAUUUUCGUCUCUUUGGCUUUGUUGGGUCGUGCCUACACGAAAUCUCUGUCCGAUCCAACGCAGAUCGGGCGAGUCUCCGGAAGUCGGCCAUCAACCGCGAAGGUCUCGAGAUUUUUUCUCGAGAGAGACCAUCUUCUCAGACCAACACGAGGAACAGUGCUUCUACACUUCACAGUUCAACGUUCUUUCUCGCAGCGAGGUUGCAGCCCAUCAUGUCAGACCCAUCGCAGCAGCCUUCGGGCUCAUCGUCCGCCGGGCAGGAUGCCACGUCCUCAGGUCGACCUGCGCAGCCCGCACGACCCCUUCGAGGCGCAGCUUCUCUUCGCGGCGCAGCAUCUUUACGAGGAACACCCGGCCGAGGAGCUUCCACCUCCUCGAGCGCAUCCAUGGUUCCAUCUCGUUCAUCCUAUGCAUCUUCUGGAAGCGCUGCGGGCUCUGCUGGACCAGGCUCCGGUGUUCGCAUGCAGUUUCGUCCCGUCAUGCCACAGCGUCGCAAGGCUUCCGAAUCGCCCGCACCCACCUCGUCCAACACAGUCGAAUCAUCCACGGCCUCUCCCCUCUCCGUUCCAUCCAGCUCGACGUCUAGUCGCGGUGGUAGAGGUCGAGGUCGAGGUGGUGCACGUCCACCACGUCAGCAGACUCAGAUGACGGCCUCGGGUCCCUUUGCGCUCGGCCCUUCUGCUCGCUCCACCGCAAAGAAGGUCGCUCCCAUCGGACCUGGCGGUUCAAGUCUAACUGCAGCAGAGAGCGUCGACUCGAGUCGUAGCAACACCCCCAAGGCCGAUCCCGAUCGUGCAUCUUACCGCAACCCGGACAAACUCAAGGAUGCAGAGCAGUACUCGGAUCCAGAGGAUGGUGGGGUCGAGAUUGUCGACCUCGACGAGGUGCAUGUUCUCGACGAGCUCGCACCGCGUGCGCUCCCUCGUGUCGCAGAAAAAGAGAGCAAGAAGGACAAGCAAAAAGCAGCAGAUGCUCGACAGAAGAAAAUGGACGGCCGUAUCCGCAAGGACGAUCGCGAUGCUAAGGGCGCUAUUCGAGUGAAAUCCGAAGACCCCGACGACAUGAUGAUCGACCUAGAUCCCACUGCGUCGUCGACCUUGAACGGUACUUCCACCGCCAUCUCAAGCGCAUCACCAACACCGCAACCUGCUGACACGUCGAGGAUCAAUACCGCCGACGCGCUCGAUCUGUCCGAAAGCGAAGGCGAAGAGCUCAUGGAUGACCUUGUCGACGACUUUGUUUUCCACGAUCAAGAUGAUAUCGGUCCCGAAAACCUUCUCUACCUGUUUCAGUUCCCGCAGCUGUUUCCGAAGUUCAAGGCGCCGAAGGAAGUCAAAGGUACCGCAAAAGCUGCAGCAGCUUCUGCUUCCGAGACAGCGGCCAAACGGCGCAGUGUGUCUUUCGCAGCGGGAACCACUGGCGGUGCCGGUCAGGCUGGCAAAGACGACCUUCCCAGCAGCUCCGAGAUCGACUCUGACGACUCUUCCGGUGUAGACUCGGACACGGAGGACAAGAAAGACUCGAAACUCUUUUCCUCCACUUCCUUCUCCGCAGAAGGUCUCGUCGGCAAGCUGAACGUAUACCGCGAUGGACGAGUUUUCCUUCGAUUCGGCGACGACCUAGUCAUGGAAGUCACCGGUGGAUCUCAGAGCACCUUCCUGCAGCAAGUCAUGCUGUUGGAUCCCUCAAAUCGUACGGCGACAAGCCUGGGUGAACUGCACAGGAAGUUUAUCGUCAGCCCCGAAAUCGACUGCAUGUUGAAUGACAUCAGUCUGCACGAUGCGAAACAGAGGGAGAAGGAGGAUGCAAGGAGAAAGAGGGAGGAGGAGAAGGCCGAGGCUGAUAGAUUGAAGUACGGCGGUGGAGUCGGGAGCGGGUUCGGUGGUCUAGGCGGGAGGUAG